GACUGGCCAUUCUGUAAUUACACACGAGUUCAGCGAGCAACAGGAAGAGGGACAGACAGAGCUGGAUUGGACGGCCAGGAUAUACCAGGAAAGGACUCAAGAGAAGCCCAGCCAGCGAAACGGCGUCCAACAAGUUGUCUCCAGGCUCAACAAGAACCCUCAAACGAACUUGGACUCAAACUCAAGCACAAACUCAAACACAGCUCGCUGUCCAGGGCGCUCUCUGACUGCCACCCGCCACCCAGAAGGGACCACACCCCCAACACCCCAACACCCCCACACAGAGGAGAAGCAAGCAGCAAAACGGCAGCCGUGGAUACCAAAGCGCUGCGCAGUUCAGCCGCCACUGUGAAAGCGACAUCGACGCCGUCGCUGGCACCGGCACCGGCACCGGCACCGUCGCAGGCACCGUCGCUGGCAAUCUGUCAGCCGCCCCCACCCACACCGCCCUAUCAGCGGCUAACCAAAGCGCUGCAAUGCGAUCCCCGCUGCGGACACGAGGUGACCAUUGGCCGUCGCAUUGGUCUGUACAGAUUCUGUGGCGACAUCGGUCGCGGCAAUUUCUCAAAAGUCAAACUGGCCGUCCAUCAGCUAACGCGUGACAAGGUGGCCAUUAAGGUGGUGGACCUGGAUCGGGCUGGACUCGAUGCCAAGGCGCUGCGGAUGCUGUCCAGCGAGAUAGCCACUCUCGAGUGUGUUCAUCAUCCGAACAUCUUAAGGCUUUUCGAGGUGGUAGAGACUUUGGGACGUGUCUAUCUGGUCACCGAGUGGAUCCGCGGCGGAGAGCUCUACAACCACAUCACCCAAGGCGGUCCCCUGAGGGAGAUUCAUGCGGCGCCUCUGUUCAAACAGCUCCUGCUGGCCGUCAAGCAUAUGCACAGCCUUGGCUAUGUGCAUCGCGAUAUCAAGGCGGAGAAUGUGCUGCUCCUGUCAGAGGAUCGCCUGAAGCUGGCCGACUUUGGUUUCAGCACACAACUCAUAAAUGGUGCCAAUCAGAAGCUCGACACAUUUUGCGGCUCACCGCCAUAUGCCGCCCCAGAGCUCUUCUCCGAUGAUCAUUACAUAGGCGCCCCCGUAGAUGUCUGGGCCCUGGGCAUUCUGUUGUACUUUAUGGUCGUGGGGAAUAUGCCUUUUCGGGCCCCCACCAUACCGGGCCUCAAGGCAGCCAUUCUUAAGGGGGACUAUCUGCUGCCGGGACAGCUCAGUUUGCCCUGCAUAAGAUUAAUACAGCGCGUUCUUAUCCACAUACCCGCCCAGCGGCCCACCAUCGAUGAUAUGCUGAACAGCCAGUUUGUGACUUGCCCCAAGCUGAGCGCCGACCUCAUGCAGUACGAGAUUAAUCUGCACAGCAAGCCCGUCAAGCGAUCCAUCUUCUGGGUGCGCACCAAGUCGCACCGCCUGAGAAAGUCCGCCUCGCUGAGGGACCGAUAUGCGGAGGUGGUCAAGAAGCCGGCUAUUAGCAUGAACACGCGCCAGCAGGACGAGAUGUUUGUGCAGAACUUUCUGCAGCCCAUUGAGCUCGGGCACGAGCUGCUCCUGCAGGUGCCGAGCCAAGUCAAGGAGGCAACGGCCGAGCCGGCCAAGCGUCCUGGCAGGCGGUAUCUACUCUGCGGAACGCUCAAGAAGAAGGUCACGCCCAUGGAGACGGAGCCCGAGAAGCAGCUGUCCUGUUCGAAUGGCAGCCAAUGCCCCUCUGCCAAGAUAAAUCCCUGGAACGUCGAGGUGGCCGAGGACUGUCCCCUGUUCAAGAACUACGAUGCAGAGACGGGCAGCUGCGUGAUGCUGCCCACCGCCACCGAAGAUCUCAGCCAGCUGGGGGCUCUAGAGUUCGAGGCGCGCCAGCUGCUGGCCGAGCUGGGUGUCUCCUCGGAGAUGCUGCUCAAUGCCCGCCAGAGUGGGCCCCGCUCGGACAUCAUUGGGGCCUAUCGGAUUGUGGUCAACCGGCUGCAGAAGCAAUCGUGGCUGGCCCGCAAACACGUCGAGAUGGCCCUGCACAUUGAGCCCAAGGUGGAGAAGCGAAUCGAGCGCUCUUGCUGUAUACUCUAAGCAGGGUCAUAAAACUGUUGAAUGUUUAUAUUA